UACCGAGAGGCUAGCGGGGGGGACGAGGUCGACGACGGCAUGAUAAGAAGCUGGAAAUAUGAAGCAGCAGCAGCGUUAGCGCCCUCUGGGCUGGAGACACAGGCCUGGGCCAAGCGGCGCCACUGGCCCCUCACACGACCCCCAGGAAUAUUCGGAAAACAAGCCCUCGUGGCUGGGAGCGGAGGAAGGGGGCGGCGGGCACGUGACCCAGGCAGCCAAUCCGGAAGCUGCUGACGUGGCCGCGCGGCCGCGAAGCCCUCCCCACCCCCCCAGGCCGCUUGGGAAGGGAGGGGCGGGGGUUACGCCCCUCCCCCAACACUUGCUUCGGUUUCCGGGGGGGGGGGUUGACACCCCGGAUUACAUCCUCCCCCCGCACCCAGCCAAGGGCAACUCGGGAGCCCCCCCCGGAAAUUUCCAGGAUCCAGAUUCCCCGCCAGCGCCUCCCUGCCGGGAAGCGCGGCCCACGGCCACACCCCUAGCGGCUGGGGACGCCCACGCGGCCCCGCCUGGCUCCGGCCGCAGCGCCCACCCGCCGAGCUGGGCUGUCUCCAAGAGUUUAAGGACUUCGCGGAAGCGGCUCCGGGGACAUGGCUCGUGCACUGCUGCCAGACUGCUCUCCCCGGAGUCGCGGGACUACAGGAGCGGCCAACUGACCCGGGGAGAAGCCGGGCGGCCGCUUCCCAGCGGGCCUAUGCAGCACUCUUCUGCCCGGUGACUGACGCCUGGAAAAUGAAGUCCGUGACGUCAUCGGCUCGGCCGACCAAUGGAAGAAGCUCCCGCGGACAGACGUUCCUCCCCUUUCCACUGGGCCUCCUUAUGCGCGUGAGCGAGCACGCGCGCGCGGAGGGGGUGGGGGAAAUCUCCAGUCGGGUGGCGCGCAUGAGCAGCGAAGCUCCGCCCCCCCGCCUAUAUAUAAAGGGCUGGCGCCGGGCUCGGCGGCGCCAUUUCGUGCUGGAGUGGAGCAGCCUCUAGAACGACCUGGAGGAUUCUGCCAACCGGUACAGAGCCUUCGAGUCGUCCGGGGCCGCCAUUACAAUCCACGUCCAUCCGCUUGGAAAUGGCCUUCGUCUCGGCCUAUGACCGGUCCCGGCGGACAGUACAGACCCCUUAGAAGCCCCUGAAGCUCCCCUUUUUCGGGCCCCGCCCAGUUCUCGGAGUCUGUGCACCCCCUCUACUCCGCCCUCAAGAGGAUUUCAAAGAUGGAGGCGGCGGCUCCAUAAACCACUUUCCGUGUUCAUCCGCCGCCAUCCGAGGUCGCACCAGGACCUUGCCCGCGGCGCACGGCCCCGACGGGAAGAGGGAGCCCCUGCAGACGGACGGCGGGCCGUAUUGACGAAGGUGUCGGGGAUCGGGGGCUGUCGGGGUCUGGAGAGCCGAUCCCUUGGACAGCGCGUCUCGCCGAGGCCGCCGCCAUUUUCUCGCCGCCCGCCGCCUGCGGAGCGCGCCAAGCUGUCGGAGGAGCGGCGGCGGAAAGGCUCGGUGCCGGCCCAGCGGGAAGCGCGUCGUCUGGAGGCCGAGGGCUGCGGCCUCCCCCCACUUCCCGGGUUAUGCUGGGCCGGGCGGUGAGGGGAACCGAGGCCACCCGGACUUUACGCGGCUGAGGGAGGCGCCGGUUCCCCGCGAUCAAGAUGCUGCAAAACGUGACUCCCCACAAGCUCCCUGGGGAAGGGAAUGCAGGGUUAUUGGGACUGGGUCCAGAGGCAGCAGCGCCAGGGAAAAGGAUCCGAAAGCCUUCUCUAUUGUAUGAGGGGUUUGAGAGCCCUACAAUGGCUUCGGUGCCAGCUUUGCAACUGACCCCUGCCAACCCACCACCCCCUGAGGUGUCCAAUCCAAAAAAACCAGGACGAGUAACCAACCAGCUGCAGUACCUCCACAAGGUGGUGAUGAAGGCUCUGUGGAAACACCAGUUUGCAUGGCCAUUCCGACAGCCUGUGGAUGCUGUCAAACUCGGUCUGCCGGAUUAUCACAAAAUUAUAAAACAACCGAUGGACAUGGGUACUAUUAAAAGAAGACUAGAAAACACCUAUUACUGGGCUGCGUCAGAAUGUAUGCAGGAUUUUAAUACCAUGUUCACCAACUGUUACAUUUACAACAAGCCCACUGAUGACAUCGUCCUGAUGGCACAAACACUGGAAAAGAUCUUCCUACAGAAAGUGGCAUCAAUGCCACAAGAAGAACAAGAGCUUGUGGUGACCAUCCCUAAGAACAGCCAUAAGAAGGGGGCCAAGUUGGCAGCGCUCCAGGGCAGUAUCACAAGUGCCCAUCAGGUGCCUGCCGUUUCCUCUGUGUCACAUACUGCCCUGUAUACACCACCCCCUGAGUUACCUACCACUGUCCUCAACAUUCCCCACCCGUCGGUCAUCUCUUCUCCUAUCCUCAAGACCCUGCAUUCUGCUGGACCGCCACUCCUUGCUGUCUCUGCAGCUCCUCCAGCUCAGCCCCUGGCCAAGAAAAAAGGGGUUAAACGGAAAGCAGAUACUACCACCCCUACACCGACAGCCAUCCUGGCCCCUGGCUCUCCAGCGAGCCCUCCCGGUAGUCUUGAGCCUAAGGCAGCACGUCUUCCCCCCAUGCGUAGAGAGAGUGGCCGCCCCAUCAAGCCCCCACGCAAAGACUUGCCUGACUCUCAGCAGCAGCACCAGAGCUCUAAGAAAGGGAAGCUCUCGGAACAGUUGAAACAUUGCAACGGCAUCCUGAAGGAGUUGCUCUCUAAGAAGCAUGCUGCCUAUGCCUGGCCUUUCUAUAAACCAGUGGACGCUUCUGCUCUUGGCCUGCAUGACUACCAUGACAUCAUUAAGCACCCCAUGGACCUCAGCACUGUCAAGCGGAAGAUGGAGAACCGUGAUUACCGGGAUGCACAAGAGUUUGCUGCUGACGUGCGGCUUAUGUUCUCCAACUGCUAUAAGUACAACCCUCCGGACCACGAUGUUGUGGCUAUGGCACGAAAGCUGCAGGAUGUAUUUGAGUUCCGGUAUGCGAAGAUGCCAGAUGAGCCACUGGAACCCGGGCCUUUACCAGUGUCUACUGCCCUGCCCCCGGGGCUGGCCAAGUCCUCUUCAGAGUCCUCCAGUGAGGAAAGCAGCAGUGAGAGCUCCUCUGAGGAAGAGGAUGAGGAGGAUGAGGAGGAUGAAGAAGAGGAAGAGGAGAGCGAAAGCUCUGACUCAGAGGAAGAAAGGGCUCAUCGCCUGGCCGAGCUGCAAGAACAGCUUCGGGCAGUGCAUGAACAACUGGCUGCUCUGUCCCAGGGCCCAAUAUCUAAGCCCAAGAGGAAGAGAGAGAAAAAGGAAAAAAAGAAGAAACGGAAGGCGGAGAAGCAUCGAGGCCGAGCUGGGGCUGAUGAUGACGACAAGGGCCCUCGGGCAGCCCGGCUGCCGCAGCCCAAGAAGUGCAAGAAAGCAAGUGGCAGCGGGGGUGGCAGUGCUGCUACACUGGGCGCCCCUGGCUUCGGGCCCUCGGGAGGAAGUGGCAGCAAGCUACCCAAAAAGUCCACAAAGGCAGCCGCACCUGCGCUGGCCACUGCUUAUGACUCAGAAGAGGAAGAAGAAAGCAGACCCAUGAGCUACGAUGAGAAGCGGCAGUUGAGCCUGGACAUCAACAAAUUACCUGGAGAGAAGCUGGGUCGGGUCGUGCAUAUAAUCCAAGCCAGGGAGCCGUCCUUGCGAGACUCGAACCCAGAGGAGAUUGAGAUUGACUUUGAAACCCUCAAACCAUCCACGCUUAGAGAGCUUGAGCGCUAUGUCCUUUCCUGCCUACGGAAGAAGCCCCGGAAACCUUAUACCAUUAAGAAACCUGUGGGAAAGACAAAGGAAGAAUUAGCUUUGGAAAAGAAGCGGGAACUAGAAAAGCGGUUACAGGAUGUCAGUGGGCAGCUCAACUCCACCAAAAAGCCCCCCAAGAAAGCAAGUGAGAAAACGGAGUCCUCAUCUGCACAACAAGUAGCAGUGUCCCGCCUCAGCGCUUCCAGCUCCAGCUCCGAUUCCAGCUCCUCCUCCUCGUCCUCCUCGUCAGACACCAGUGAUUCAGACUCAGGCUAAGGGGCCAAGCCCUGGGGCAGGAAGGCUCCGCAGGACCGGACCCCUGUACCACCCUGCCCCACCCUGCCUCCUUCCUGUGCUGUGACGCCUCAUCUCACCCCUCCUUCCCCCUCUAUAGGAGAGCCUGCUCUGCAGGGGGGAGGGAUGCAGGGGCAUUUGCGAAGGAGGGAUUGAAGAAUAAGACUGAACUCCCAGCCUGUUGGGGUGGGAGUGACCUCGGACACAGCGCCUUGUCCUGUCUGCAGUGGUGGGGGGCAGAGACCCUCAUAGGAGGUUACCUGAGGCCACGGCCACCCUGUUUGCUUCUGAGGCCCUGUUUUGAGAUUGUUCGUUCUAAUUUAUUUUAAGCUAGAUGAGGUUUUGGGGUAGCGCCGUGGUCUCCCUCCCCUCCAUGGGGAGGGGAGAAAGGGGAUCUCCUUUUUUUUUUACAUUGACUUUUUUUUUCUACUCUUGUUUUUCCCCUUUUCCUUCCGCUCCAUUUGGGGCCCUGGGGUUUCAGUCAUCUCCCCAUUUGGUCCCCUGGAGAGUCUUUCUUUGUCUCUUAAUUCUAACUUGUAAAUAAAGAAAAUAUUAUUCGA